GCGAGGCGAGGCGGCUGGGAGAGACCGGCGAACUACGCGCCCCGUCAUGCCCCGCGCGGCCAGCUCCCCACGGCCGGAGCGAGCGGGCCUCUCGCAUGGCACGCCGGGAGCUGUAGUCCUCCGGCGCGGGGUAUUGUCUCUCCCCUUUCUCUGUCCGGGAACCCGACCGCCACCCCGCCGGGCGAGCGCGGUGACUGACAGCGCCGGGCAGCCAGUCGCCGCCGCGCCGUGCGGCCGAGCCCGGCGCCGUCUCCCCGGUGACCGGGACAGCCGCUGCCUCGGCGGAGUAGCCGGAGUCCCGGGGGACAGAGGAAAAAAAAAAUCCAAAAUGUACAGACCAGGAGAAACGGUCAAACGUCGGCUCAACAUGCACGCUCCUCCACGGAUAAGAAGCGUGGAAGUUGCUCGAGGAAGAGCAGGUUAUGGCUUUACCCUUUCUGGACAAGCUCCUUGUGUUCUUAGUUGUGUGAUGAAAGGAAGCCCUGCAGAUUAUGUUGGACUUAAAGCAGGAGAUCAGAUAUUUGCAGUUAAUGAAAUCAAUGUGAAAAAAGCCUCGCAUGAAGAUGUAGUGAAACUUAUAGGGAAAUGUUCUGGAGUCCUGCACAUGGUCAUUGCUGAAGGGAUGAGUCAUAUGGAUUCAUGUUCAAGCGAUGAAGAAGUUGGUUUUUAUGAUGGGAAGGGGUGGCUGAAACCCAAACCUGACUCUAAAGCUCUGGGUAUAAACAGAGCAGAGAAAGUUGUUGAAGAAAUGCAGUCUGGUGGCAUUUUCAACAUGAUCUUUGAGAAUCCUGCUCUUUGUGCUGGUAACUCAGAUAAUUCUGCACCAAAACAAAGAUCAUUUUCAGUUUCUGCUGCUAUGAAAUUUGAAACUGGCAAUGAAAGUGUAAGCAAUCCAAACCUACUGUCAAAGGAAGAAAUAGCCAAAGUUCUGCAUGAUGAUUCAGUUUUUAGAAUUGGACUGGAGAGUGCAGAAGACUUUGGGUUAGAUGCAAGCAUUUUGAAUGUCGCCAUGAUUGUAGGUUACUUAGGCUCCAUUGAACUUCCUUCAACAACUGCAAAUUUGGAAACGGAGAGUUUGCAGGCCAUUCGUGGGUGCAUGAGACGUCUGCGGGCAGAGCAGAAAAUCCACUCCCUGGUGAUGAUGAAGAUAAUGCAUGACUGUAUUCAGCUCUGCAGUGACAAAUCAGGUGUUGUGGCAGAAUAUCCUGCAGAAAAACUGGCAUUCAGUGCUGUUUGCCCGGAUGAUAGAAGAUUCUUUGGACUAGUUACAAUGCAGACAAAUGAUGAUGCAAGUUUGGCUCAGGAAGACGAAGGGGUCCUGAGGACAUCUUGCCAUGUUUUUAUGGUGGAUCCUGAACUAUUUCAUCAUAAAAUUCACCAGGGUAUAGCAAGACGUUUUGGACUGGAAUGUACAGCGGAUCCAGAUACAAAUGGCUGUCUGGAGUUUCCCACAUCGUCUCUACCUGUCCUGCAGUUUAUUUCUGUCCUGUAUAGGGAUAUGGGGGAGCUGAUAGAGGGAAUGCGUGCGAGGGCUUUCCUCGACGGCGAUGCAGAUGCUCAUCAGAAUAACAGUACCAGCAGUAACAGUGAUAGCGGAAUUGGAAAUUUCAACCAAGAAGAAAAGAAUAAUAGAGUUCUGGUGGUUGAUUUAGGGACCAAUCCAAGUAAACACAUUCCUAGCAGCAUAUGGGAGAAUCCAGUAGGAAGGGGACAAAAUCAGCCUGCUUCCCAUUGGAAUGGCUUCUGUCAUGAGCAGGAGGGAAACAUCCCUUUAGAAGUAAUUCAGAAUGAUAAGUCCCAAAAUAUGAGCAAACACUUGAGCCCUUCUGCUCGUAUUGAAGUUCCAUUGGUUUCCUCCCGAAAUUCAGUACCCCCAUCCAAGAAGAACGCUGCAGGCCUGGGCAAUCAGAGGUGGCUGCCUGUGCACGUUCUGCAGGAGUGGCAGCAUGGAAAUGCCAGCGACCAGGAGUCCUACACCGACUCCACGGACGGCUGGUCCAGUGUGAACUGUGGGACCCUUCCCCCCCCAAUGAGUAAGAUUCCAGCUGACAGAUACAGGGUCGAUGGCAGCUUUGGUCAGCCACAGCUAAAAUCUCACAAAAGUGAAUGGUCCAAGAAGGUGUUCUGCAUUCAGAACAAAUUUGGCCCUCCGCACAGUAUCAGGAAAUCUAAAGAAGAUAAAAAGGGUGCAAAAUUUGGACAUUCCAUGGGAUUAAAUCAGGCUCCUCCUCCACGUUCUUCUGCUCGAAGAUCAUUUGGAAGAUCUAAGCGAUUUAGCAUUACUCGCUCUCUGGAUGACCUCGAGUCAGCAACUGUUUCUGAUGGAGAGCUGAACAGCACUGAGUUGAAGGACUGCAUCAGCGAGAACAGCCUGAGCAGCAAUGCCAGCCUUCCCAGCGUGCAGAGCUGCCGGCGCCUGCGGGAGCGCAGAGUUGCGAGCUGGGCUGUUUCCUUUGAGAGGCUUCUUCAGGACUCUGUUGGUGUUAAAUAUUUUUCGGAAUUUCUACGGAAAGAAUUUAGCGAAGAAAAUAUUUUAUUUUGGCAGGCCUGUGAAUAUUUUAACCAUGUACCUGCACAUGAUAAAAAAGAGCUUUCUUACAGGGCUCGGGAGAUCUUCAGUAAGUUCUUGUGUAGCAAAGCUACCACCCCGGUUAAUAUUGACAGCCAGGCACAGCUGGCAGAUGAUAUUCUCAAUUCUCCCCAUCCAGAUAUGUUCAAGGAACAGCAACUUCAGAUAUUUAACUUGAUGAAGUUUGAUAGCUAUACUCGUUUCCUCAAAUCCCCCCUUUACCAAGAAUGCAUCUUAGCUGAAGUGGAAGGACGUCCUCUUCCUGAUCCUCAGCGUGUUCCCAGCAGCCCCACUUCUAAACACAGCGUCAGUUCAGAGAAGUCCAACAUGUCAACACCAAAAAAGCUAAGUGGCAAGUCAAAGUCAGGAAGAUCUUUAAAUGAAGAGUCAGGAGAGGAGGACACUGAGAAGAAAAAGAGGGGAACAUUCUUCUCAUGGUCAAGAAGUAAGAGUUUGGGAAAAUCACAGAAGAGAAGAGAAAAUGGUGAUUAUCCAAACGAUUCUUUUCAGUCCAAUGGAUUGACGUACAGACGGGAAUCACAAGGCUCCAUGUCAUCCACUGCUAGUCUGGACUUGUCUGAAACCUCAAGAUUGCCUGCAUUUGUGCCAGAUAAAGACAAAUCCCCCAAGUACUGCUGUGUAAACCUUCCGGAUGGCUCAUCGAGCAAAAUGGCUGUGAAAUCAGGGUUCUCCAUCAAGGAGGUGCUCUCUGGGGUCUGUGAGAAGCAUGGCAUCAACAUAGCUGCAGUGGACCUGUUCCUAGUUGGAGGUGAUAAGCCCCUGGUAUUGCAUCAGGACAGCAGUAUCUUGGAGUCUCGGGACCUGCGCUUAGAAAAACGCACUUUAUUUCGGCUGGAUCUUGUUCCUAUCAACCGGUCAGUUGGUCUGAAGGCGAAACCCACCAAACCAGUAACAGAGGUCUUAAGGCCUGUUGUUGCAAAAUAUGGUUUAAAUCUUAAUGAACUUGUGGCAAGACUAAGUGGUGAGCAGGAACCCCUUGAUCUUGGUGUCCCUAUAUCUAAUCUGGAUGGUCAGCGGGUUGUUCUAGAUGAAAAAGAACCAUCAAAGGGUAGAGAGAAACAAAGAGGCGUAUUAGUAAAACAGAAUGCAACUGUAUCUUCUUCAAGAAGUCAAGGAUCUACUGGAGAGGGAAGAACUCUAGGAAAGUCUAAUUCUAUCAAAAUGAAAGGCGAAAAUGGAAAAAAUGCUAGGGAAGUCCGGCUGUCAAAGAGAGAAGACUCUAUUGCAAAGAUUGGGAAAAAAAAAAGUCAGAAAAUAAAUUUGGAUGAAGCAGAGGGACUGAGUAAAACAUUAACAUAAUUUGAAAACUUCAGAAUUCGAGGCUUUCACAUUUUAUUUUGAGUUUUGUGAUAUUUGUCAAAGUUUGGAAAAUGCAUACCAAAUGUUGUAGACUGUUUUUUAAUGCAAAAACAAACAACUGUUCUAUGAACUUUGAAAUUUCAGAAACAUUUUUGUAUGACACAUCUUAGAAAUGUUGCAUGUUUUAAUAUGCCUACUGCCAUUUUGCAAAACUUUGGCAAUAAGAAGCAUUUUGAAGCUUCCAUCUUGGCUACGUUCAGAUUUUACAGCAUUUGAAAAAGCAUGUUAAAAAGUCAUUUUUAUGAAUUCAUUGCAAAGCCUGCCAAGUAUGAGUAGAGGAUUUAGGAAUAAGGUCCUACAAGUGCAAGUGUACGACUUCAUAUUAUGCUAAGUUAAAACUGAUACCAAUGUUCUGUUGCUUUAUUCCUUAAUGGCUUUUGCUUCAAACAGUAUUUAUAAGCUGGGUUGGAACUGUUGAUUUUAUUUAAUCUGUUGGAGAUGGCCUUUUUAAGCAUCUUUUAAUAUUCUGUAGUUAAAGUGCUUUCUUCUUGAAAAAUUAGGACAUGCAGAGACCCUAUAUUAAGAAUUACAUAUUUUUAUAUGUCUAUGUUUUGUACCAAAGAGUUUGUUUAUUGUUGCAAUGCUUCUUUUUUGAGGAGUGGUAUAAUUCUUGGCUUACAAUUGAUAAGUUUCUUGUUGCCAAGUUUUGAAACUUUUUAGAACAGUGUUGAUCUACUAUGAGUAUUAUUUAUAGAAACAUAUUAAACCAUUGGAUAUCAUUAGGGACAUGAUCAGAAAAUCAUUUCUAAUUGUGUUAAAGACUCUUUAAAAAGCUGCCCCAUUGCUUUUGGUAAUGGCUCCUUGAUGGUUACUGACUAUCUGUAAGCUACUGAUUCAUUGCAGCUCCAAGUAAAAUGGGCUUACUUAAAUCAUCAUCUGAUCAUACCCUGUGAUGAUAACAUCCUGGUUUAAAACUACACCAUGAAUUGAAUUGAAACUGUGAUAAAAUAUAAUUACUCUGAGAGAAAGUCAAUAUAACGAGGAAGUUUGCAACAUUCUGAAUCUUUGAAUGUUCAAAUGGCAUGCUAUUUUUGAGUUAAGAUGGGCAAAACCCAUCCAGAAUAUAAAAAUGUGCACCCAUUGUCUGUAAGACUAGAGCCUUGUUUUGUAUAAAGAAUUAAAAAAUUCUGCAUGUGUGUACAGAUUUAUUAACUGCGUAAAAUAGAAGACGUGUUCAAGGCUCAGUGAAUUGCAGCUGUUCUAAACUGCAAAACUCUUACAAUAGCAAUGCUGAUGGUCUUAAUUAUAGUGAUGCUAGUGAACAUUGCUGCAAUUGAAAAAGUUCCUAAUUAACAUGGGAUCUUAUUUCAAGGCAGCAUUGAAAGAAUUGAAGAUCUUCAUGGAAAAUAAAUGUGCUGAAAAUGUACGUUUUAAUAGCAUUGCACUUUCUGACAAAAACUUGUCAAUUUUGGGUUUUUCCCCAAUAGAAUUUUUUGAACUCAUAUCCAAAGCACAAAGUAACAGAGCAGAUGACCAACGUGGACUGCUAAGGAAAGAAGACCUUAUUCUUCCUGACUUUCUUCGUUUACCACCCACUGGACCAGAACCAUCCUCAUCCACACCCGCAGCUCCUAAAGGCCUCAGCAAGCGAGUUUCGAAAAGUGAUGGCAGUGAUGGAUGCACAUCACCCAGUGGAAAACAGGAGUCCCUGCAAAACUUUAAUGAAAAUUCAGUAAAGAAAGUGGGUUACCCAGAAAACAAACAUAAGUCUGCUUUGGCAGCACUCCACAGCCAGAAGACUUUCAGUGCUCCUUUCAGUCCUCCGUUGUCUCCAAUUCCGCACACACAGGAGAGCAAUGCCUCGGUGUGGAAAAGGCAGUCGAGAGAGUUGCAGGCUGAAGGAAUUCAGAUGGUAGAUGAUGAGAACGUGGCAGACUUGACUCUUGUGGCUGAAGGAGAUAUUAGUAGCCCUAACAGCACUUUGCUGCCACCGCCACCAACAACGCCACUGUCAGACAUCAGUAAACUCACGGAAGCCAACUAUCCACCCCCAACUCCUUUUGCAGGUAAUCAGGAAAAAUCUGGAUUUCAAAGAUCCAAUUCAGGUAUUUCUAGAUUUUAAUAGUCUUUCCUUUUGUGUAAAACUACUUUUCCUUGGCACUGUUAAUCAGUAUUUGGCACCCAUUAAAACAGCAAAGAAAACUCUCUCUGCACCUUAAUUUUUUUUUUCUUUUAACCAAAAAAAAAGAAGGAAAACAGAUUUUAGUUGCCUUAGUCUGUUCUAACUGUAAUACUUCUGGUUGCCUUUAACAAUGUACUUUUUUUUGGAUUUGGCAUGUAACCGUAAAUGGCCACAUGCAGACAAACCUCUGAAAUACAUCCACGUGCUAUAAUUAUCUCAUUCACCCUCAGACUACAAAACAGGAUAUCAGCAUUUUGAGCUCCAUAGCACUGUUGUGUUCCAGAUUUUCUGAUCCAUUUCUCAUAAUGAGAUUCAUGAUUAGGGUUUGGAAGUUUAAGUACUUUAACAAAACCCCUAAUUACUGAAAAUUGCAGUAUUGUUUAUGAUUAAAAUUUUAAAUGGAGAAGCCUCAGCUUAGGAUAUAUUUCACUAAUAAAUUUGAUAUUUGUGACAAAAAUAAAAAUGUUAUUUUUUAACCCAUACUUUGCUACGCAGAGAAAUAGACUGCAUCUAUCACACUUUCUCCCAGAAUAUUCACAUAUCAAAUAGCUUUCUAAAAGAUAAUUUUAAAGAAAAUAUGUAACUUUUUUAGGAUGUAAGUUUCAUGGUCUAGCAAUAUCACAGAGCAAUAUUAGCCCAAGGCUGAAGUAUGGAAUUUCUUUAUAAACACGGACUCUAAUAAUAAUUGCUAUUACCAGAAACAGGAAUUUGAAGACAAUGGGUGUCGUGACAUUGACAUUUACAGUCAUUGUACUGUGCAUUUUAAUGUAAAAUAUAAGAAGAGGUAUCUAUGUGCUACAUUUAUUUUUGAUGUUUCACAAACAUAUGGUGCCAUAUUUGUAUGAUCACAUUUCUUUGUGAUGUGGGAAUAUACAUUUUAAUUAUUUAUCUUUUUACACAGAGUAUUUGAUACUGUUCUUUAUCUGUACGGUUGAUGAUUUGUAAAUACUUCUUUGGUUGUUGGAUGCUUAUAAAUGGCAAUGCAAAUUAUUUCAUCCUCUUGGCAUUUUAAAAGCCAAUUCCUUUACUAGUAGUAUCUGAGAAAUGUUCUAUUAGCGCUACCACUUAAUUUCUGAAACUGAGUAUUAGACGGACUUGUAACCAGUGCCUAUGAAUAACAGAACCACAAAAUGUACUUCAGACAUAUUGAUGUAUAUAUGCAUAGAUUUGUGUUGGUGUCUUUCUGAUAAUAUGUCAAGUGUACAACAUAGGUAUCAAUUUGCAUAUUUUUCAGUGAGAACUGUUAAAAAAAAACCAUUUGCACUUAAAAAAAACUUCAUGAAUUUACAAUAUUUUAAUGCAUGCCAUAAGUUUCUGUGUAACCACUGAGCUGUAGCUUUCCCUUUUCCCACUUUCUACUUUUUACUUUGUAGAAAUCUUUGUGUAGUUUUCACAUGUAUUUUGUAUCCUUGUUCUCUCAGGAGUAAUAAAUUCUAGCUCUAGUUACACAAACUGGUUUUAAGCUUUCGUUUUAUUCAUUAUUUUAAAAUUCUUUCAGUUCUGGAUUAAGAAUUCUGAUUGAAAUUACCUUCUUAUGACAAACAGAUAAAUAGAUAUGAAGUAGCAAUUACCAUGAGACAAAGCUGACAAACAUUAGAUUUAUUAAUAAUUUAGACAUCCAAGGGCAAAUGCUGUCUUGAGAUGCUGAUGGGUCACAUGUGAAAUCCGUAGCUUUGGCAUGUGCUCCAGAAGGCAAAUAAGACAGGAGAUUUCUUUGGAAUUAGUCAUAACAGGAACUCCUGAAAGGAGAAUUUCUUCUGUCUUUGGGUUCUUGGGCUAAACUUUAUAUUCAUUACUUUCCUUCUUAUUUUAAACUAAAGCAACUCUUCCCUGGUCUUUAAGAAGUGAGCUGGAGAUCUCAGCUCAUUUGAUGUGGAGUAACCAAAGUAACCACCUCUUUAUUUGGCAGACUUGGGUGAGAAAUGAAGGGUUGGUUGGGUGCUGGAGACCACACUACUCUUUUCACUCUUUGAGAUGGGUCCUACAUAACAGCACUGUGAAGCCUAAUAAAAAAAGGAUAAUCCUGCAGAGAGGCGUGUCAUGCUGUUAACUAGGUCUCAUUGUGUUCUGGGGAAUGAAAAUCCAGUUUUUCCAAAAGUCACUGUGUUCUCACAUAUUUGUGGGCCUCCAUGAAAGAAAAUAAAGCAGUUGAAAAUCCUGUAGCAGUUCCCCUUCUAAAAUGAUUCAGACUUUUUCACAACAAUUAAGUAAUACCUUCCAUAUUGAAUUUAAUUUUUUUAAAAUGGAUUUUAAUUAGAUGUAUUCCAACUAGUGUUCUCUACUUUCAGCGGUGAUUGUGUCUUAUUCUGUCAUAGUCACCCAUGAGAGUAAGCAGUCAAACUAAUUUUGCAAAACUAAAAAUCAAAAUUUCUUUUAGCUUUCUGACAAAUGAGAUUUUUUUUAAGAAUAACAAAAAUUUUUAAAAAAUAUAUAAAACACCUUCCUUUUUUUUGCUACAGUCUUACUGCAUAUAUUAACUAUAUUCUACACUCCUCUCACAACACACUACUAUUUAAUGGGAACUGUAUUCUAUAAAAAAACGGUGAUUUUAUGGAAAAAAUGUGGGCUGAAUCAAAACUUUUCUAUUUUCAUGAUUGGAGUUUGCAUGGAAAGGCUGUUUGAUGAUGUACAUAAUUAUAAUAAAGACUUCUGGAAAAUCUCUCCAGUCAAGAAUUGAAAUCUCAAAGGACUAAAUCAUUAAUAAUGGUUGCUUUUUUAAGUGCUUUAAUGGUUCUUCAUUCAUAAUCCCCAUCAAUGGAAAUUGCAUUUCUGAUUGGUUUAUUCAAUUAAAAUGUUGGGAUAUAAAGACAAAUAAUGGCUACAUAAUUUGAAGAGGUCUCUAGUCUUGGUUCCAAAUUGGCCUAAAGACAAAUGACGUGUGUGCUUACCCUGCACAUAUUGGGCUUAUAAAUGCUGGGAAAAGGACUGGGAGGAGUGAAGGGGUCCCUCAUGUUUUGCAGGGGGCAAUUUGCUGAUGUAGCAAAGCCAGGCCUAUGUCCAUCCCUCUAAUGUGUAACAUUUGGGUUUUUUUCACUUGAUGAUCUAGAAAGCAAAAUAUGAACAAUGGAAGGAGGCAAAAUAAGGUUUGCAUCACUCUGAGCUAUUGAGAACACAUUUUCAAACUCAGUUCUUAACUUUCUGGACUAAAUAAAAUGUUUUUAUACUGUGUUAAUACAUAGCUAUGAAGUAAAUAGCAAAUCAGCAACACAAGAAUCAUUACUGAUUCUAGUUGCGUUACUAAUCAAGAGAAAAUGUCUUUAUUUUGAAUAAGCUUGCUAGUUCUGGCAAAUUUCCCACUUUAAAAUCAGAGGUUUCUGGAAUCUGAAGACAUUCUUUCAUGUCCCUGCAUAUAAUGGUGGUCCCAUCUGUGGAAGAAAUAAUUAUUGUGUGGUGUGAUUGGCUUGAAGUGAUGCAUUCAUUUUUGAAAGUGUUAAAACACUGAUUUAAUCUCCUUGGCUUUUGUUUUGUUAUAUUUUUCUGGUUUUAAUUGCCUGAUGUAGUCUGGGUACUUUAAAUGUUGUUCAGUUUUUCCCAAGAGGCUGGGCACAUGCGUUACCCAUGGGGAAAGGCAGCCUCCCAAACCUAUAGUCUCCUCAAGAGCCGUGAGUAUUAAGCCACAGGCCUUGCACUGGAUCAUUUAUUCAGCAACAUUCCACUGGGCUGGGUUGUUCAUGAUGGGUUUUGCCUCUACUACAAAGUAGGUGGGCAUUUUGUCAUGAUAGCAACUGGGCUGUUUCACGAAAUACCAUUUCACCUGAGAUAGGACAAUUUGCAGCCAUCCAGAUCGAAGUGCACAGACUGUAGAUUUGAAUCCAACAAAUUGUUCUUCCUUCUGUUAAAAAAAACCCUGUUGUUUUGGGGGCUUUUUUUUCAGCUAAGAUGAGAAUUAUUCUCAAAAUGACACUAGAGUUACAGUCAGUGGAAUUGUCUACCAAGUACAAAGGUCUUUUUUUUUUAAGGAGAUGCAUAGACUGGAUCCAGCAAUGCAAUUGAAAACUUUAUUCAAAACUAUCUUUUAGCAAGCAUAUGAUGUCAUUGGUUAAGAUGGAGAGCUAGCUAGGGAAAUAAAAGCACAGUGAACUCUGUAAUUAUGCUUCAGUAGAAUGUCAGUGGAAGUUAAAGAGUUAAUUUAGACAGUCUAAGGUGGUUAUAUAGCUUUCUUUUUUUUUAAGAAACCGCUUUGUUUCUGAAAUAGAUUUGUACCCUUAAAAUAAACUUGCUAACUUUUUUAUUGCAAAAAAAUCUUUCAGAAAUGGAAUAAUUAGUACCAGCACUAGGAUGUUUUUAUUGUGAAAGAUAAAUUAUACAAAAAUAAAAUGCAGGAUAGUCUCUCAGAGUCUGGUAUAGGCAAUUGCUCCCAAAGCCCCCCCAAAAAAAUCCCCAACUGAUCUUUUUUUAUUAUUCACAGAAAGGAUGCAGUACCCACAGCUGAAGAAUAGAGAUCAAAUAAUUAGAACAGAGAUCAGUGGUAUUUCUGUGACUUUUGCUUUUUUGGCUACUAAAUUUUUCAAUUCUGAUGGUAAUGAGUUCUGAGUGGAAAAAGUUUGUGGUAGUUAAGGAGAUUAAGAGCAAUCACAUGUUUUAUCUUCAAAAUUUGAAAAUAAACAUUUUUU